AUGUUUAAUGUUACUUCUUCAAUAGUCUGUGAACUACGAUGUACGUCACAAAUAGUCCACGAACUGUUGAAGAAGGAUUGUUUGUAUGUCAAGGUAGCAGUGGUUGUCUUAACGGUUGCUACUUGCGCAUAUGGACGACUAUAUAUGUAUCUCCAUCCAGUAGACUUUCAAGUCGAGCAAGCGCAGAGCCUAGUUGACUCGCAACAUAGCAUCGAUCAACAUCAUAUAUCUGAAGAUGAACACGUCGAUUACUACGCGUAUCCGAAGUAUUCAUUUAAUUAUGGUGUGAAUGAUUUUCACACCGGUGACAUCAAGACACAUCAUGAAACCCGCGACGGCGACGUUGUAAAAGGUCAAUACACUGUGGUGGAACCGGACGGCUCAAUUAGGACUGUGGAUUACACUGCUGACAAGCACAACGGUUUCAAUGCAGUGGUUCACAAAACUGCUCCUAUAACACCUCAAGAAGCUCACAUUAAAUUUUCUGAACAUUAG